AUGUCUGAGCGACAUGAGUUACCAUUAGUGUGGAGCGGCAGAGUACGAAUAAGAGGGGCUACUUCUGUUUCAACCUUUGGUGGUCCUUUGGGCGUUCGUUACAAAGUAGUUGCAGUUCACCCUUACAUCCCGGAUCGAUACUCUCCAUUCUUAUUGGUUACCAGGUCGCCGGAUAUGCUAUCUGAUGGGGUUGUCAUUACUUUUUCCGGUUUGGCCGUCUUCUUUGGUCCCGACGAGCCUCUAAUCGUUAAUGCAGAGUAUGUUACCGAUUGUUCGCCAACCAUGGGCCACGCCACGCUUGAGGCUGGACUGAAUAUGGUCCAUGUUACCGCUCGAGGAAUGGUUAUAUGGCGUCAAUCUUUAGGUAACCGUGAUACCGUCAGCAGCUGGUGGAUUCUCACUGUUCUUCACAACGCAUGGGUAGACUCAUUGGGCCGAUAUGUAGAAUUCAAGGUCAAGUACGUCGAUAAUCAAGGUCUAAUAUCCACUCUACCGCACUGUGUUGGAUUGAGCAACACCAUCAUAGACCUCGAGGGAACUGUAAUGCAGCACGCCGGAGACACAGGAGAGUGGGUUAUUUUUUUCGUUGUAAGGGCGACAUUCAGUACACUCCUUGUGGUGCUAUUGAAGUACAAGUCAAAAUGUGUUAAGUAUUACGGGUUCAAUUAA